AUGAGCAUGUCCAGCCAGGGAAUCCCACUCAAGGUUAUCCAGCCAACUGCCGACACAACGCAUAAGGCAGAGGCCCUCCAGUCCCAAAUUCAUAUAGUGCGCAGCACUGCCAAUAUCUUUACCAUUUACCGAACCGCCAACACAUCGCAGCUAUGUCUGCUGUUUCUAUCAGGAUGCUGCGCAAUAGUCGCGGGCGCAGCAAUGCCUCUAGUGACAGUCGUGUAUGGAAACUUUGCACGCGAGUUCAUCACCGGAGAUAACAAUGCACCGGACGAAAUUCGACACCAUGUUCAGAGUCUCGCGCUCUACUUGGUGUAUAUCGCAAUCGGGUCUCUGAUCACGACUGCCAUCAGCACAUUUGGCUUCAACACCAUCGGAGAGCAAAUCUCGCGCCAGCUUCAGCAGAAAUACCUCGCUUCAGCCUUGCGGCAGAAUAUGGCUUAUUUCGAUGUGGUCGGUAUUGGCGAGUUGACGUCUCAUAUGGAUCAGGAUAUGAAGCUUAUCCAAGCUGGUAUCUCGCAAAAAGUUGGUGAGCUUCUUUCUGGGUUGUCUGGCUUUGUUGUUGCAAUUAUCUGCGCGUUCAUCCAGAAUGGGCGCUUUGCAGGCAUCAUGAUCUCUCAACCGAUUGCCCUGCUUACACUCAUCGGCGUGAUGGGGGGAUUUUUAAGUUUAACACAGCGAAGGAGUCUAGCUCAGUACGUCAGAGCAGACAAUUUGGCCCAGGAAGUGCUCAGCGCCAUGAGAAGCGUCAUUGCUUCUCGAAGCCAGGAAAGGUAUGGCAAAAGGUAUUACGAAGCGUUGCGACAUCCAGCAGAAUUGGACUUUCGGGAGCGCUUCAUCUUCGGUAUGCUUGUUGCAGGGUCUGUCAUGGUUAUGCACUGGGCGAACGGGUUGGGCUUCUGGCAGGCUGACCAUCUCCUCCGCCAAGGGCAUUGCACUAUUUCGGAAGUCUUGACAAUUCUGUAUGCAAUGGCCGUUGCGGGUGGAAUGCUAAGCCAAGCAUUGCCAUCCAUUGUCAAUAUCACCCAGGCCAACGCGGCUGUCAGCCGUGUCUUUUCGGUCAUUGAGCGGGAAUCACCGAUAGAUCCUUCUGCAAGUACCGGGGUGACGCAUAGUCGGGUCAGAGGAGAUAUUAGCUUCGAAGAUAUACACUUUACGUAUCCUUCGCGGCCUGAAGGGAAGGUUUUGAAAGGUGUCGAUUUUGUUGUACCUGCUGGACACACUGUAGCGUUUGUUGGACCAUCUGGGUCUGGGAAAUCAACCGUGUUUGCCCUUUUAGAACGACUGUACCAUCCACACAGUGGUCGGAUCAUGCUGGAUGGCGAGCCGAUUGAUGCCAUGAACGUCGCGUGGCUAAGGUCGCAGAUUGGGUAUGUCGGUCAGGACGUCACCCUGUUUCGUGCAUCAAUACACGAUAAUAUCGCAUAUGGGCUUCCCAAAGCUGCCGCUGAGAAAAAGGACGCAUACGAGAUACGAAAGCUCGUAAUCGAGGCUGCCAAAGUUGCCCAAAUUCACGAUUUCGUUGCGAGUAUGCCCAAGGAGUACAACACCAUGAUUGAGGCACAUGGAUCAAAUCUCUCAGGGGGUCAGAAGCAGCGUCUUGCCAUUGCCCGUGCAAUCAUCUCUCAACCAGCUAUAUUACUGCUGGAUGAGGCCACGGCUGCACUUGACAGUCGGUGUGAAAAAGCAGUUCAGGAGGCGCUGGACAAAGUCGUCAAAGGACGAACUACCUUGAUAAUAGCCCACCGGCUGUCGACAGUCCAGAAUGCUGACAAGAUCAUCGUCAUGAAGGACAAUCAGAUCCUAGGCCAAGGCUCCCAUGCGGAGUUGUUGAGUACAUCUGCGAUGUAUCGAGAAUUAGUGAGGCAUCAGGCACUUGAAGCAUUCCAUCGAUCAGAGGGAGACAGGCUUAUCAGACAACGGCCGCACUCGUUGAGCACUCAUGAAGAACAUUCCAAAGAUAUCCUGGUCAAAUUUGAUACGGUGGACAUACCAGAGGACGGCCUAUUAGCAGUACGGUCGUCCAGUAGCAGUGUCGGGCGUGUUUGGAGUCUCAAUAGACCAGAGUUUCCUUACAUAGCCGCUGGCGUGAGCUUCAGCGUUCUGGCUGGAAUAACAUAUCCUGUUCAAGCAAUCUUCUUUGGUAACGGGAUCAUGUCAAUGAUUAAUCCUAGCCUCAGUACCGGUGGACAUAAUGUUGAAUUCUGGGCCACCAUGUACCUUACCCUCGGUAUUAUCGCAUUUGUCGUUUAUUCGGUACGGGGAUAUUGCUUUGCCGUGUCCGCAUCACAGUUGGUUCUCCGAGCCCGCUCGCAGUUGUUCAAACAUCUGCUUGUGAACGAUCUCCCCUUCUUCCAAGACAAGGACAAUUCGAUUGGUGCAUUGGUCAGCUUCCUUGCAUCUGGGCCUCGGCAAAUCACUGGUGUUUCGGGAACAUCACUGGGGCUUGUGGCUGAAAGCAUUGUGAUGCUCGCGACAGGAAUUACCAUCGGGUGUAUCUUUGGGUGGAAGCUUGGUCUUGCUGCGACAGCAACGGUCCCAUUAGUAGUUGUUUCCGGCUUUAUGCAAUACCACACUGUGGCGCGAGUACAGGAAUACAUCAAGCGUGACACUAGUGCUGUGGCUAUUGCACAUGAAGCCCUUUCUGCCAUCAAGACUGUGACGGUUCUUGGUCUGCAGAAGGCCAUCAGUGCAUCGUUCGAAAGUGCAAGCCAUCGAGACAGCCAACGCAAAUACUGGCUGAUGUUUGCUGCGACAUAUGAGUGCACUACCUCCCUCCGGGCGUUGAGCAUCGCUUUCGUUUUCUGGUACGGCGGCACACACCUAAUCGCAACUGGCGAAUACAAUGUCCAGCAGUUCUUCAUCUGCUUCGCAGCCACGAUGUGGGGAUCUCAGUCUGCGUCCGUGCUUUUCGCACAUGCUCCUGACAUUGCAGGUUCUCAAGCUGCUGGUGCUAGACUGGAGGAGCUGAUGCGCGCCGGAAUAUCAGCAGCCACCCACAGAAAGCUCAAUAAUGGCGACGCUGACGUGCCAAGUAUUACCGCUAACGUUCGCUACGACGCGUCAACUUCAGAUAUCCAAGCCAUUCGUCUCAAUUAGCAUUGAAAGAUGUGAGUCUGAACGCUCCAGCGGGUGCCUUCAUUGCUCUCGUGGGUGCUACAGGCAGCGGAAAGAGUUCGGUCAUAAAUCUGCUGGAGCGCUUCUACACCGGUGAAACUGGCGCAAUAGCACUAGAUGAUAUGCCCAUUGAACAAUAUAACCUCGACAGUUACCGAGGGUAUCUAGCGCUGGUCGACCAAAAUCCUUGUCUAAUCGGAGAAACUCUGAGCGAUUGCCUGCAGAGUGGUGAGCUGGUUGUAUUAGACGAUGAGAUCUUGGCCGCUUUGGAGGACGUUGGGUUAGCCGAUUAUGUGCUAUCACUCCCUCAAGGCUUAAGCACUCCAGUCAUGGCCAACGGAUCGACCCUGUCCGGGGGCCAGCGCCAGCGCAUGGCCAUCGCGAAGGCGCUUCUAUGUCGGCCAAAGAUUCUUCUGCUUGAUGAAGCAACUUCAGCACUAGACUCCGCCUCAGAGGAACUAGUUCAGAGGACACUUCAACGUGUGAUGAAGGGGCGAACGGUCAUCGCUGUUGCCCAUCGACUGAAGACAAUUGUCGAUGCUGAUGAAAUCUUGGUAUUCAAGCAUGGACAUAUUGUAGAAAGAGGGACCCACAAGGAGUUGAUGCAACUCGAGGGCGAAUACUGGCAGAUGGCCAGGUUACAGCAGGUGAUGGGAGAAGCAUGA